AAGUAAAUACUUUGAGUUAGCUAAUAGACACACCUCCUACAUUUCCCACCACUCUUUGCGCUUUGCACAUGCGCAGAGUCAGCAAAAACGGCUAGCCAACUUCAGUUGAAAUCUGGUUGAAAGUCCCUCAGCAUCCCCGCUUCGAAGCUACUUUUCGCCUCGCCGCUACCAUGAAAGAUGUCAGCGGGUACCUCAAGCAGCAGCAGAGCAGCAGCUCCACGCCGGAGACGGCAGCAAAGUGGCACGCUCUGGAAGAUUUAUACAACAAAAGACUGUGGCAUCAGCUGACGCUGAACCUGACAGACUUCGUCAAAGAUCCUUGCUUCAAGACGGGAGAUGGCCUCAUUCAGCUUUAUGAAAAUUUCAUCUGCGACUUCGAACACAGAAUCAACCCCCUGUCUCUGGUGGAGAUCAUCCUGUACGUCGCCCGACAGAUGCCAGAUCCUAAAGACGCCAUCACGUUUCUGGAGAAGACCAAAGAGAAGGUGAAGAGCAGCGAGGAGGCCGUGAUUCUCUGCAAGACCUCCAUCGGCAGUCUGAAGCUGGAAAUCAGUGACCUUCCUGCCACAAAGAAAAUCAUCGAGGAGGUGGAGGAGAUUCUGAACAACUUGCCCGGCGUGACGUCGGUGCACGGCCGCUUCUACGACCUGUCCAGCAAAUAUUACCGCAUCAUCGGGAACCACGCCUCCUACUACAAAGACGCUCUGCGUUACUUGGGCUGCGUGGACGUGAAAGACCUCCCAGAAACGGAGAAGCAGGAGCGAGCCUUCACUCUGGGGCUGGCCGGCCUCCUGGGAGAGGGCGUGUACAACUUUGGAGAGCUGCUGAUGCAUCCGGUGCUGGAGUCCCUGAGGAACACGGACAAGCAGUGGCUGAUCGACACACUCUACGCCUUCAACGCAGGAAAUGUGGAAAAGUUUCAGGGCUUCAAGUCGGCGUGGGGCCAACAGCCUGACCUGGCAGCUCAUGAAGCCAAACUGAUGCAGAAGAUCCAGCUGCUGUGCGUGAUGGAGAUGACCUUCACUCGUCCUGCCAACCACAGACAGCUGACCUUCACUGAAAUAGGUCAGAGUGCCAAAAUCCCCGUGAACGAGGUGGAGCUGCUGGUGAUGAAGGCUCUGUCUGUGGGCCUGAUUAAAGGCAGCAUCGAUGAGGUGGACCAGAAGGUGCAGAUGACCUGGGUGCAGCCCCGAGUCCUGGACCUGCAGCAGAUCAAAGGCAUGAAGGAGCGUCUGGACUUGUGGUGCGGGGACGUGAAGAACAUGGCCAUGCUGGUGGAGCAGCAGGCCCACGACAUCCUCACCUGAGCACGUCUGAUUCUGGGGUUCUUUUUACUGGAUUUUUGUUUUUCUGUGUCCUUUGUUUAUGUACAUUCAUACGGCGCCGUUCCACAAAUAAAGAGCUGAAACACGAA